CUAUUCCAGGCUAUUCGCACCAAAAAGAAAUAUCUAGGGUCUAUAUACUUUUCAGCUGGCGCCGCACCGAAUUCCAAAUUUCCCGCUACCGAUUGAUGUGAGUAUGAAAAAUUAACUGGGCAGCAAAUAAAUAGGAUGACAACUUUCCUGGCACGCUAGCAGCGGGAGCGGGACAAGAGGAAAUGUUUACAUUUUGAAAACAAAUCCAGAACACAGGUGGCAGACGCAUGAAUCACAUAUGAAUAAACACUACAAUGAAGUUUCGCGGCAAGAUGACAGAGUUGACAUGUAUGAAGCAGUUUUCUAGUGUUGUACAAACGUUGAAAGGGCUGAGUCGGUUGUGUGUACUCCGUCUGUGUGCAGACAGAUUUCACUUCAUUAUUUCCCCAGAAAAUAUGGGUCAACGUGGAGCUAUGGUUUGGUGCACUUUAGAUCAAACCCAUUUUUUCAGUGAAUAUAAUAUGAAGGGAGUUACAGAAGAAGAUAAUGAAAUAUAUUUAGAACUUGCUCCAGAUAUGCUAAUGAAGGCUCUUAACUCAUUAAAGUUUUCUCAAGUUGCUAAAUCGGUUAAGAUUAAAUUAACAAAUAAAAUGCAUCCUUGCCUUACCUUUGAGGUAGAGUUGCCAUCCAAUGCUAUGCAUUCCCGUAUCUGUGUUCAUGAUGUUCCUGUGAACACUAUUCCAAGAAGGGAUUGGCCUGACUACAGACCCCCUGAUCUUCCUAGAUUUGAUGUAGGCAUUGAAGUACCCAGCUUAAAGACUUUGCGGGGUGUAGUUGAUCGUAUGAAAGCUUUGCAGCCACAUGUCGUCAUGGCUGCAAACAAGUUAGGUUCUAUGUCCUUGAAGGUUAGCACAGACACUGCUAGCAUUGCAAUGCACUUUAGAGAUCUCCGAAUUGUUGAUCCUGGUCUAGGGAGGCAGAUUUUGAAUAGUGAAGGAGAUAAUGAAGAAGAUAUGUACUCCGUCAGAUUAGAUGCAAAGAGACUUUCAUCUGUACUUACAAGUGAGCUACUUCAUCCAAGAAGGGUAAUUUGUCAUAUAUUAGACGAUCAAAUGCUGCACAUGGUAUUAGAGCAUGAGGAUGUCCUCAUGCAUUACUGUGUGACAGCUGUUUCUGCAUAAUUGUGCCAAAAUUCCAAAGGAAAGUUAAAGUGAAUUUCUGGGGUGAGAAUAUGUUAAGAAAGACAACAGCUUUUAGGAGACAUUUACAUUUAUUUAUUAAUAAAUACAGCAAGGUACAAACAGUAGCUAAAACUAAGCUGUUCCAGCAGCAGCCUGCGGAAGACAUGAGCUCUUCCUCCAUAAGAAAAUACCUCUCAAGUUUUUAGAAGCACCAUUUGGACAAGUAAGGAAAAUUUCAGUUCUCAAUGAUGCUCUGACAUAUAUAUAUUCUCUCUUGCGCCAAACUGACCAAGUCCAAUUUUUGAUUAUUUGUUCACUAUUUUCCAAAUUUAAAGGCACUAGUAACAAAACAUAACUUGAUACCUUGUCAGUAUUCAAGAAAAAUGAUGCUUUGUGAUCUGAAAGUAGUCGGUCAAAACAGUCAAUGUUUGUGGUUAAUUUGUCCAUUCUUCCAGGUAUGAGUGUUUCUUGUUCUUCAAUUUGAAAUAGAUGUUAUUUUUUAAAAAAAUCAAGUACUAACACUAACCCAUUGGGUGUACUGUGACCUCACUUAUUUUUUAAGGCUGGACAAUCAGCAACAGCUAAUGCCAUAAGGCUUAAGACCCUUCUGAAUAGCAAUGGAGACUGAUAAAAAAUAUGCUGCCAUUCUUGUUCAGAGGGAAUUUUGAAAAAAAUGGUGUUACAAAAGACAGUUUUCUCCUUUCUCUUUAAAUUACACAUUUUCAUAUAAUAUUAAAUAUGCUUCUGCGUGCCUCCAAUAGAUAA